UGUAUGGAUAAGUACGUGAAUUGAUUGAAUGGGUUGCAAUUACCAUCUCCUCAGAGUUUUCAGCUUGCUGCUGGUCCUCGGUUGUGAUUAUCUCAAACAUGGGGAGCCUUCAGCAGUCGAUCCUCUUUGGCAGGUCUACCAAAAGUGGAUGCAAGAGCAUGGGAAAGCUUACAAUAGUGCACAUGAGUAUAGAAAACGAUUCCAAAUUUUCAAGGAGAAUGCCAACUACAUCAACAGCCACAACGCACGGAGAAACAACAGCCACAGCCUAGGCUUGAACAAGUUCGCUGAUUUGACCAACAGUGAAUUCAGAGGCCUCUACGUCGGGAGGCUGCAGCGACCCGCGCCGUUCCACGAGGUUGGAGACAUCGCGCUUGUAGCAGAUACAGCAACAAGUGUAGACUGGAGAAAGAAAGGAGGUGUUACUGAGAUUAAAGACCAAGGAGACUGCGGUAGCUGCUGGGCUUUUUCCGCGAUUGCAGCAGUGGAGGGCCUGACAUUCUUGUCCACUGGCACACUUGUUUCGCUAUCAGAGCAGGAACUGGUGGACUGUGAUACCACAGUGAACCAGGGUUGUGACGGGGGCAUGAUGGACUAUGCAUUUCAAUACAUGAUCAGGAAUGGCGGGAUAACCAGCCAGUCGAAUUAUCCUUACCGAGCACAGCGGGGUGCCUGCGACAAGGACAAGGUGAAAUAUCACGCAGCUACUAUCAAUGGCUUUCAGGCCAUACCCCCGCAGAGUGAGGAGUUGCUGCUAAGAGCUGUUGCCAACCAGCCGGUGAGCGUCGCGAUAGAGGCGGGGGGCCAGGACUUUCAGCUUUACUCGAGCGGGGUUUUCACCGGAGAAUGCGGCAGCAACCUGGAUCACGGAGUGGCGAUUGUAGGGUACGGGACAGACGCAGGCGGCAGACAGUAUUGGCUGGUCAAGAACUCGUGGGGUUCGGGAUGGGGUGAGAGCGGAUAUGUGAGGAUGGAGCGGCAGGGUCCAGGCGCAGGGGUGUGCGGAAUCAACCUGGACGCGUCGUAUCCUACCAAGAUUCAGCAACGCACAAUCGUCGAGUAAUGUGUGACACUGGAAUAUGAAGUGAAUAAAAUGCUCCAAAUAAAAGCCCUA